ACACACGCCUCACACACACACACAAGCGAUACAUCCAGAGGAGGAGAAGAGGAGGAGGAGGAGGAGGAGAGAGUGUUCGACAAGCGAGGUUUCGAUGUCGAAGGCUAUGACCGCAGUGGCUACGACAGCAUGGGCUGGGAUCGCCAUGGCUACGCCAGGGACAACUACAACCGCGACCACGUGGAUCGCCAAGGUUACGACAGCUUUGGCUUCGACCGCUACGGCUUUAGCCGCGCCAACCUGACGGCCCUCGGCAUGCAGCGGGAUGGAAGGCUACUCCUGUCGCCUGGCAACCAGCUCCUGGCCCACCUGUUUCCGGACGGGUUCAAUCGCUAUGGCUACAGCGCGUUGGGCCUGGACCGGCGCGGGUUCGAUGCGUUUGGCUUCAGCAGGGACGGGGGUGUGGAUCAGGACGGCUGCAACUUCUUCUGGGGCGGACCGCACUACCUGCGCUUCUACUUCCACGCGCUCAUGAACGUCAGCCUGCUCCCGCUCCACGCUCUGGCGAACACGCCCCGCGUCUGCCCGCCAAUCAGCCCCCUGCCCAGCCACUGGGCCAGUCAGAACUGGGUGGGCGUGGACUCACUGGAGAGCCGUGCCCUGAUUGGUGGGCUAGCUGAGAAAUGGGCCAAUCAGAGGCCGUUUCGGCAGGACUACAACCCCAACGUGUCGUCCGUGAGGAGGAGUGGCCUCUGGGUCCCCGUCACACCAGACCUCAGAUUCUGCUUUGCAUGGCCGUGGUACUCUGGCUGUCCUCUUGGCUCCGCCCCUGUGACCUGUCCCGACCUCUGUCAGUCAGCUCGUUGUCGGGGGCAACCAGGAGCGGUGUGUCACAUGAUCACAUGUGGCUCCUGCCACACUCAGUGGGUGGAGCCUAACAGUGGCCAGCCAAUCGAGUGCCAGGAUUGGUGAACAUGCACACACAUACACACUCACACAAACACACACACACACACA